GUACAGUGCAUUCAGUGUAGGGAGAAGCAGGGACUCACUUAGAGGGAAAGUUUGUUAUUAUGAAACUUAGGAAUAUUUACAAAAUAUAUGCAAAAUUAUCAAAAUCCCUCGUGCAUCAAUAACUUGCCCCAAGGGUGCCAGGUUUUAGGCUUAGUUUUCCCGGAAUGGGCUUCUACACUCACUAUUCUUACACUUUUUUGAAAGAAUGUGUGAGACAGACAGUUAGCCAGCCAGCUAGCUAGCUAGCUAGCUGAGAGGUGAGACAGGCGGCAGGAGAACAAAAGAUUUUUUUGCGUUUUGGCCGGUUGUACUGACACCAAGUCCAUGCAGAACGCGUCAUUACCAUCACAAUGCCCGUUUUACUUUUUCUGAUAGACACGUCCGCUUCAAUGAACCAGCGCACCCAUCUGGGCACUACCUAUCUGGACAUAGCAAAAGGCGCUGUUGAGACUUUUAUGAAGCUCAGAGGGAGAGAUCCGGCGAGCCGAGGGGACCGGUAUAUGUUGGUAAAUUUUGAGGACGCUCCGUUCGGGAUAAAGGCUGGAUGGAAAGAGAGCCAUGCCACUUUCAUGACAGAGCUGAGGAACCUUCAAGCAACCGGACUCACAACAUUUGGCCAGUCCUUGAGGACCGCUUUUGAUUUACUAAAUCUCAAUAGAUUAGUCACUGGGAUAGACAACUAUGGCCAGGGAAGGAAUCCUUUCUUCCUUGAACCUGCCAUCAUAAUCGCAAUAACUGAUGGCAACAAAUUGACUGGCAGCAGCGGCGUGCAAGAUGAGCUCCACCUGCCUCUGACCACUCCUCUGCCAGGAAGUGAGCUGACCAAGGAGCCUUUUCGCUGGGACCAGCGCCUGUUUGCCCUGGUGUUGCGUAUCCCUGGCAACGCCUCGGUAGAGCCCGAACCGCUCGGCGGUGUCCCGCCUGAUGAGUCGCCGAUCACACCCAUGUGUGAGGUCACUGGAGGGCGUUCCUACAGUGUGUUCUCUCAGCGCAUGUUGAAUCAGUGUCUGGAGUCUCUUGUUCAGAAAAUCCAAAGUGGAGUAGUGAUUAACUUUGAGAAGACUGGACCUGACCCUCCUCCACUAGAAGAUGCUCCAGCCGAGGCACUGAAGUCCGGUCCGCAGCCUUGGCACUGCUGUCACAAGCUGAUCUACGUACGACCCAACCCUAAAACCGGUGUGCCCAUUGGUCACUGGCCCAUUCCUGAGGCCUUCUGGCCAGACCAGAACUCUCCAACACUACCGCCCCGCUCAGCCCACCCCCACAUACGAUUCUCCUGCGUGGACGCCGAACCUAUGGUGAUAGACAAGGUGCCCUUCGACAAGUAUGAGCUGGAGCCUUCGCCGCUCACUCAGUACAUUUUGGAGAGGAAAUCCCCUCACACCUGCUGGCAGGUGUUUGUAAGUAACAGUGCCAAGUACAGUGACCUGGGCCAACCCUUUGGUUACCUAAAGGCUAGCACAGCUCUUAACUGCGUCAACCUGUUCGUAAUGCCCUACAACUACCCGGUGCUUCUGCCACUUCUGGACGACUUGAUUAAAGUGCACAAGUUCAAGCCGACCCUGAAGUGGCGACAGUCCUUUGAGAACUACCUGAAGACCAUGCCCCCGUAUUAUAUUGGGUCCCUCAGAAAGGCGCUGAGAAUAAUGGGAGCACCAAACCUACUGGCUGAGAACAUGGAGUAUGGUCUGAGCUACAGCGUGGUGUCCUACCUGAAGAAGCUCAGUCAGCAGACAAAAAUCGAGUAUGACCGCCUGAUUGCCUUGAUUGGCAAGAAAACCCCCCCAGAGCUUGGCAUCAAGGUCCGAUGGCGGGGUGGCGGCAUCUCUUUAGCACAGAGAAGGGACUUCAUCCAGCAGCUGCAGAGUCUCACAGCGGAGGCCCCCACCCUGCCUAUGGAGCUCAACCCUAAAGAGUUUCAAGGCUUCCACUUGGCGCUGCUCAACAAAAGCUUGAAGCCUCAGAGCUUUAGAAACCCCUACGACAUCCCGCGGAGCCACUUGCUCGAUCAGCUCAGCCGAAUGAGGAGAAACCUGCUCAACACCACCGUCUGUACCUUACGAGGGCAGGACUCCGACCAGCUCCACAGCGUGCCGAUUGCCCAGAUGGGAAACUACCAAGACUUCCUCAAAUCUGCCCCCCAGCCCCUCCGAGACGCAGAUCCUGAACAGCCCAAACGUUUGCACACGUUCGGAAACCCCUUCAAACUGGACAAGAAGGGCAUGAUGAUUGAUGAGGCGGACGAAUUUGUGACCGGCCCUCAGAACAAGGGCAAGCGACCAGGAGAGAACAGCAACAUGCCGGGUGGUGGUCCAAAGAGACGGCGCUGCAUGUCGCCUCUGCUGCGUCUGGGCAGGGCCUACACCCCUCCGGUGACCCCUCCUGCCAGUCCACGACACUCAGCAGAUAUGGACAUAAAUGAUGGAGCACCAGAACCUGACCUGAUCAUUAACCACCUGAAUCAGAACCAUUACAGCCCAGACACAAGCUCUGAUCCAGAGGUGGAUCACCCCUCGGGGCCCGCCGACUUCCAGGAGAACCACACCUCCGCGGAUUCUCAGCUUCUCCGGCACAACGAUGAGGAGGAAAAUGGAGGACCUGGGGCGGCGGGCGAGAUGCCGGGUAGCGAGGGAGGGGUGGAAAUGGUGUUGAUGGAGGACCAGACGACCCGAUUCCUGUCACCAGACGCCCUGAAGAAGCAUAUUCACAGCGAAACGACGAAAGUCAACAACGAGCUGAGGGUGCUGAUCACCAAGGAGAUCAGAAAGCCUGGUCGACAUUACGAGAAGAUCUUCCUUCUCUUGAAGCAGAUCCAGGGCACACUGGACACCCGGCUCAUUUUCCUCCAGAACAUCAUCAAAGAGGCCGCCAGGUUUAAGAAGCGAGUUCUCAUCGAGCAGCUGGAAAACUUCCUCGAGGAAAUCCACAACAGAUCCAACGCCAUGAACCACGUGGACAUGCUCUGAGACACACCCAAGCUGAACAGACUUUUAACAAUGAACCUGACAUCCCUCCACAUCCCUGUGAACCCUCUCCACCCCAACCAAGACCCAAAGACGAGACGCAACGCUUCUUCAGCCUACCCGGUCGUUGAAUCCACAUCAGUGGCGGUGGUGGUCUAUGGAGUCACUGAGAGUAGGUCUGACCCUGAAUGGUUGUCUUUGAAAUUUCUCACUAGAACAAGUGCUGAGAGAGUGUACUGCUGCAGGGGAAGCCAAUGCAAAGAGAUGCUCGGUUUGACAUUUAAUCAACGGGCCACGUAUCAUUCUGGUUCCAGCUGGACCGACAGGCGGGGGGGGGGUCAUAUCAAGCAUGGGGUGGAGAUGAAGACUUCUCCAGAGAGGAUCAGAUGACGGACUGCAGCCAGAGUGUGACAUUCAGUCUUUUUCUGUGACAAUGUGGCGGACGGAGUUCAGUCUGAGCAUUGUGUGUGUUUGUUUCCAGAUAACUCAGGGUCGAAAGGGAUCCGGUGAAGAGGUUUAUAAAACACUUUUCUCCCACAUGAAUUUCUUUUCCAUACUCCUCCCCCAACAUAGUAGGUAUUACUGUCUAACAUUUCUGUUUAAGGGGUUAAUGAGGUAAAAUUAAUUAAAUCGAAUUUCUACACUCCACCAAUCAGAGCACUCCACUACUCAGCUCCCAAAUUGAUAUAAUUUGGCUCCAGGAUUGAAGUAGUCUACCUGCCAGAAUAAUUUAUAUUAUUGAUAAAUAACAUAGGUGUUGGACAAUGUGAACGGUUUUUAGCAUCCUUUGUGUUCGCAUGUGGAGAUUGUAAACCUAAAAGGUCAUUUUGUUCUGCAAAGUAGAGAUACAAUGAACUCUGUGCAAAGGAAGGUCAUGAAAGUGUUUAAAAACGGGGACAAAAAGCUCAGGAACUGUCAUUAAUGUAUCAGUGUCAGCAAUAACAUCAAGUCCCUGCUGCCCCACCUAUUUAUUUAGCCUGAAAGGGCUGAUAUGCAACGUGAACUGUCUGCUGAAAGCAAUGAUGAAGUGGGGUCUUGGUUGCUGCCAAAUCCCCUCUCUGCCAUGAAUCUCAAACCAACUUCUUGUCGCUUUAUCAUACUUGCACUUGUGUAAAUUUGAGAAUUAUUUAAUGUAAUUUAAAAAAAUAAUUUUUUUUGCAAUUUAAGGAAAGAACCUGGGAAAACCAUAUUCAGCGUUCUCAAAUGUACACAAAUAGGCCCUCGUUGAGGGUCUAGAGGUCAAAAGUUGAUUUCUGAUUCCAAUGGCAGCUCUCUUCCUCCGCAACUCCCCCUCCCCAGAUAGGGACCAAAAUCUGCCAUACUUGUCUUUUAUUUGUUGAAGAGGCCACUACCAAAAGAGUAUUUUGAAUACACUGUAAAGAUGUAAAUAACCCUAGAGUACUAUUUAAAAAGAAAUGUUCAGUGGAAAAUGGCCUUUUUGUAAGUAUUUCCAUAAAUAAAGUUUCUAUUUUACACUGUGAAGGGCCAUGUAAAUAAAGUGUUCCAUAAA